AGACUAUAAACUUGUCAUACAUCUCAGAAGGGCAGCUGCCAAAAUUCUUUCAAAUUUCAAUCGUAGCCAUUUUCACAACAUUUUUAUAUUUAAUGUAUUCAUUAAAUUCUCUGUGAAACUACAUAAUGGCAAUGCAAAGUUUGGUCAAAACAUUUUUAAAAUUUCCUUCAUCGUUUUCAUUCAACAAGUUAUUGGGCGUCACAAAAAACAAAGUCGAUGCAAAAUUAGAUUCAUUUUUAAGUAGCACCAGCGCCCAAUACAUAGAAGCGAUGUACAAUAUAUGGCUUAAAGAUCCUUCCAAAGUUCAUCCGUCAUGGGAUGCAUACUUCAGACUAUCUAAGGACGGUCAAGUGGGGUACGUUUCACCACCAACACUAGGUCGUACAAGGCAGGAUAUGCCAAUGUCUAGAUUAAAAGGGGUUAUUCCUACCGUUUCCAGAACCGUAGAACGUUCUAAAGCUACAGCAACAGCCGCAGCUCCAGCCCCUUGUGCACAACCCGCUCCAUCAGCUGGAACUGCUACCGAAGCAGAUAUAGAAAAGCACUUAGCCGUUCAAACUAUUAUAAGAGGUUAUCAAGUUCGAGGUCAUUUCUUAGCCAAAAUAGAUCCCCUAGAUAGACCACCAUCUCAUGGUAUUCGUAAGAAAAAAGGGAGGUUAAUACCGGAUAUUAUAUCACGAUUUAAAGUAGAUGAGAGUGAUCUAAACAAAGUAUUUAAACUACCAGCAGCGACUAGUAUUGGUGGAGGCGAAAAAUCCUUACCUCUAAAAGAAAUUAUAACCCGUUUAGAAAACGCAUACUGUAGCACAAUUGGAUUAGAAUAUAUGUAUAUUCCAUCGGUAGAAGAAUGUAAUUGGAUAAGGGAUCGCUUUGAACCGCCGGGAAUCACCAAAAUAUCUAACAAUAAGAAAAAGCUUUGCUUAGCUCGUUUAGCUCGAGCUCAGUUGUUUGAAAACUUCUGUGCUCGCAAACACUCAGCAGAAAAAAGAUUUGGUAUAGAAGGACUGGAAUCCACUAUACCAAGCCUUAAAUCCAUUAUAGACAGAUCAUCGGAAUUGGGUGUAGAAACGUUCGUCAUUGGAAUGGCCCAUAGAGGUCGUCUAAACGUUUUGGUUAACGUGUGUCGCAAAUCACUGAUUCAAACUUUUGCUCAGUUUGAAGGAUUAAAACCAGAAGAUGAAGGUACCGGUGAUGUCAAAUACCAUUUGGGAGUGUUUGUUCAAAGAAUGAAUAGAGUUACCAACAAAAAUGUGAAAAUUGUAGUGCUAGCUAAUCCUUCUCAUUUAGAAUCGAUAUGUCCCGUAACAGUCGGUAGGGUUAGAGCAGAACAAUUUUUUGGUAGCGACCCAGAAGGAAGAAAGUCGUUAGCAAUUCUGCUGCAUGGAGACGCCGCUUUUACUGGACAAGGUGUUAACUUUGAAGUCAUUAAUAUAGCGUCUUUGCCAUGUUAUACUACCCAUGGUGCGAUACACCUUGUAACCAAUAAUCAAGUUGGUUUUACAACAGAUCGAAAACUUGCAGGCUCAUCUCCAUAUUGUACAGAUGUUGGGCGUGUUAUUAAUUCACCUAUAAUACACGUAAACGCAGAUGAUCCCGAGGCUGUUGUUUAUGUGUCUGAAAUAGCUUCCGAUUGGAGGUACAAGUUCAAGAGAGAUAUUGUGGUCGACUUAGUCGGUUACAGAAGACAUGGUCACCAAGAAGUCGAUGAUCCGCUUUUCACGCAACCAGUAUUAUAUAAUAAAAAAAUAAAAAAUAUAAAACCAUGUUACGAAAAAUAUGCAGAAAAAUUGAUAAAAGAAAAAAUCGUGACUGCAGCAGAGGUGAAGCAAAUAAAAGAUGAAUAUGAGAAAAUUCUUGAAACUGAUUUUGCUAAAGUAAAAGACGAAAAGGUGUUUAAAAUGAAAGAUUGGCUUGAUGCUCCUUGGAGUGCGUUCUUCGAGGGUAAAGAUCCCAAUAAAAUGUUAUUUCCUACUGGAAUUCACGAAGACACAAUCACUCACAUUGCCAGUGCCGUUUCAACACCGCCGCCUCCUUCUGCCAAAUUUGUCAUACAUAAAGUUCUUGAACGAGUUCUUAAUGGACGGCAGGAAUUAAUGAAAAAACGUCAAAUUGAUUUUUCAAUGGCGGAAGCUAUUGCUUAUGGAUCGUUAUUAAAACAAGGUAUUCACGUCCGCAUAACAGGAGAAGACGUAGAAAGAGGAACUUUCAAUCACAGGCACCACGUUUAUCAUCAUCAGAAUGUAGAAAAUGAAAGAUAUAGCCCAAUAACGAAUUUGUAUCGCGAUCAAGGUGUAUAUACCAUCUGCAACAGUAGUCUGUCGGAAUACAGUAUAAUGGGAUUUGAACAUGGAUAUUCCAUGACUAAUCCGCAUACAUUGAUAAUUUGGGAAGCCCAGUUCGGAGACUUUUCAAACACGGCUCAGCCAAUUAUAGACCAGUUCUUGUCAUGUGGAGAAUCAAAAUGGGGCCGACAAUGUGGUAUGGUGUGCCUCAUGCCUCACGGACUGGAGGGUCAGGGUCCAGAACAUUCGAGUGUACGACCUGAAAGAUUCGCAGAUAUGAUUUGUGAGGAUCCAGAAAUUAUCCCAAAAGAGGACACAAAAAAUUAUGCUCUCGAACAACUUAGAAACAUCAAUUGGAUCAUAGUAAACUGUUCUGUGCCUUCCAAUCAUUUCCAUGUUCUGAGAAGACAAGUUGCAUUACCAUUUAGGAAACCCUUAGUAAUGUUGACACCGAAGGGUAUCUUGCGUCACGCCGAGGCGAGAAGUUCAUUUGAUUUGAUGUUGGAAGGUACUGAAUUCCAAAGAUUAAUACCGGAAUCGGGACCUGCAUGUAAGGCUCCUGAUGGUGUAAAAAAAAUAAUAUUUUGUACUGGAAAAGUGUAUUACGAUGCUAUUAAAGCAAUUAGAGACAAAAAAAUGCAACCACUAAUAGCCGUCAGUCGUAUAGAACAGAUUGGCCCGUUUCCUUUUGAUUUGGUAAAAAAAGAACUUCAGAAGUAUAAACAGGCAUCGAUACACUGGUUACAAGAAGAACACAAAAACCAAGGUUUUUGGGAUCACGUCGACCCUCGUCUCCGCAGCAUCCUAAAGAGUAUGGGUGAUAACAGGGACGUUAGCUACAUUGGAAGAGUAGUUUCAGCUAGUCCAGCUACCGGUUAUAAAUACCAGUUCAAAGAGCAGCAUACCAAACUUUUGGCAGAUAUAAUCGCUCUUCAUCAGCAGGAAUCAUCAUCAUGUUGAAAACAGUAAUAAAAUCAAAAUAAAAAUUAACAAAAAACUGUUGGCCUUCAUAACUGUUUGGUAAUUGAGUAAUUGACAGUUUGUAUAAAGUUAAACCGAAUUUAAUAAAAAAGUAAACCAA